AUGACAAAAUUUCGUAGUUACAAGGGAAGGAGCAGGCAGUGCGACGAUCUUUUGAAGACGCCAAAUGGAAGCGACAAACAGUCCCAAGUGAAGCUACGCUAUUCCUUGGGUAAGGAAGCUCAAAAGAAUAUUCGAGCUAUCGACGGCUUGCUAAGAGAAGGUAAAGAUUAUGAUAAGGUGUACAGUAUUAAACUUCCAUUGGAAGUAAGAUCAUCAUCGUAUAUGAAUUUUGAUUCUCAAGAAUUGAUGAUUCAAGAUGUUUUGGAAGCUCUAAAGAAUGACAAGAUUGACAUGGUUGCAUUAUGCGGUAUGGGAGGAAUCGGCAAGACAAAAAUGGCCAAAGAGAUUGGGAGAAGAGUCAAAGAUGAGAGUUUGUUUGAUAAAGUUGCGAUUACUGUGGUGUCUCAAAGUCCGAGCUUGACAAAGAUUCAAGGUGAACUUGCAGAAAUGCUAGGUAAGAGACUUGAUGCAGAGAAUGAACGUGUAAGAGCAAAUGAAUUAUAUUCAAGAUUAACUGAGGAGAAGAAAGUCCUUUUGAUAUUGGAUGAUGUUUGGAAACCACUUGAUAUAGAGGCUAUUGGAGUUUACCAUGCAGUUCAAGAAAAGAGCUGCAAAAUCUUGUUGACGUCAAGAGAUAAAGAAGCUUGCAAUGUGAUGAGAAUUCAAAAGAUUUUUUCAGUUGGACUUUUAUCUGAAGAAAAGCGUGGAAUCUUUUCGUAG